UAACGUGUGCUCUUCGUCCCGAGCCGAUGUACGCGACGGCAGUCGCUAUUCAAUGAGACGCCAAUUUAGUGCUUAAUUAGAAUUAUAAAAGUCUAAAAGAAAUGAUUAGAUUUAUUGCAUGCUAAUAAUUCGAAAACUUGUUCCGACAAAUUUUGUUUAAAGUUCAAACAAUAAAAUGAAGUUUUUUAAGGAAUGCAUUUUGAUGCUGUUAAGCCUUUUGAUGGUGAUGGGCCAGCGACACAGCAGGAUAAUACGGAACGACUUCGUGGAGUCGAGUCCUGAUGGCGCUUACAAAUGGGCCAUACAGACAGAUGAGAAUAUCUUCCACGAGCAGCGCGGCUACAUCAAUGGCGACGCUGGACUCCUGGUGGAGGGACAGUACCAAUACACCGCGCCUGACGGGCAGGUGAUCAAUGUCCUAUACCGCGCUGAUGAGAAUGGGUUCCACGCGGAAGGCGCACAUAUACCGACCCCACCGCCUAUACCUCCGGCUAUACAACGCGCAUUGGACUAUCUCGCCACACUACCACCGCCCACUGACCAUUGAUACCCAAGGGCGUAUCAAUAUCAGGGUCUUGUGUCCCAGUGAUAACAACAUUUUUGAUACUUUAUGGAUACGUCAAAA